AUGGCAGAAAAAACUACCUCAACUGAUAUCUCGUACUCAUUGGAGACCCGUCCAAUCAUUCACAUAUCUCCAGAAAGCAACUUUUUGGAAAGUUUUGCUCUUCCAUUUUCUACUUAUCUUCUAGUCAUGUCACCAACACAACAGAGUACAGAAGAAUCAAGCAACUAUAAUUACCCGGUCUGUCCGGACAAAGUUGCUGUGUUACUCCCAUGUGUUUUUUGGACCAAAAUAAGAGAAAAACCUGCUAACAACCAAAUUUUAUAUCGAUAUACGAUCAUGAUUGGCAUCACUAUGUACCUACUGGCGAGGCCUACCCUAUGGUACUAUUUUCAUUGUAGUUACAUCACAAAGAAUGUAGUUUUCUCUGUAUUUGUUCUCUAUGAUCCUCGCCACCACGGGCGUCCUUUUUGCCACCUGUCCCAAUUUUCAUCUCCCUUUUUGUAUUACCCUCUCUAA